CAAUCCCCUGAGGCGGAGCUGGACGACACCCAGGAUGUGUCCCGAAGACCACGUAGUCCCAGGAGGCGCCAGUGCUAGUCAUGGGCGUGCAGCCCCCUAACUUCUCGUGGGUGCUCCCCGGCCGGCUGGCGGGGCUGGCCCUGCCCCGGCUCCCCGCCCACUACCAGUUCCUGCUGGACCAGGGUGUGCGGCACCUGGUGUCACUGACGGAGCGCCGGCCCCCCCACAGCGACAGUUGCCCCAGCCUCACCCUGCACCGACUGCGCAUCCCAGACUUCUGCUCGCCGGGCCCAGAGCAGAUCGACCUUUUCGUGAAGAUUGUCGACGAGGCCAACGCCCGGGGAGAGUGGUCAAUUUGUCAAAUACAGAGGACCCAAACAGACCAAACGGCAUAUUCUCCUGUAAGGGGAGGGCAUGGUGUGUGCACAGGAGGGGUAGUGCCAGGGACGCCAAAGACAGCUCCCACCACGGGAACAUGCAGGGUCCUCAGAGGCGUCAAGGCUGCUACAAAUGCCAGAGCACCCUGGGUCCCAGGCUCUCCUGGCUGGCACUCUCCAGCUGGAGACCUGGAGAAUAACAGACCCGCAUGGGCACCCAGAGAGCCCUCUCCCACCCCUCACAGCAGGCUUCAGAGCUCAAGGUGGCACUGGGUGGGGAGGUUGCCCUGGGUCUCCAACUUUGCUCUUCAGUCCCGAGGUCCUGGAUCUGGCACAUGUAUUCAAAACCUUCCAGGACAGGCAGGAGGCUGGAAAUACAUGGAGAGGUCCAGACCCAUUCAGGAGUCAGGCUGCCCCCUUGAGAGCUUAAGAGUGACUCUCAACCCACCCCAACCUACUUCUGCUAAUCUGAUAGCCUGGAAGCCACAAAGGAAGUCAGUUGGUGGCUGGAGGUGGGGAGAUGGUCAGAAAGGAAUUAGAGAAAUGCAAAUUAGCACAAGAAGAUAUGAUUUGAUAUACAUCAGGUUGGACGUACAUAUACACCAAAUCUCAAGAUACCAAGGUUGGCGAAGCUACGGGGAAAUGAAAACUCUCAAAUUUGCUGGGGGAUGUAUAAAAUGGAACAAUAGCCUUGGAGAGUAAUAUGCCGGGCUCACCUGAAAAUUCAGUCACUUCACUUUUAUAUGUAUAUUCUGGGCAAAGUCUGCAUGUGAGCAACCUAGAAACAUGUAUGAGGCUGUUCGUUUAUUCAUUAACUCAACACAAGUUUACUGAGUAACUUCUUUGUGCCAGGCACACUUCUAGGGACUCAAAAGUAAGCAUCAGCAAAACAAAAAUCUCUUGUGAAGUGUGUAUGCAGCAUUGCUUAAAUAGCCAAAAGCUGAAAACAACCUAAAAGUAUAUUGUUAGGAGAACAGAUAAACACUGAACCAGAUAUACAGGCAUCAAGGUAGAUUUAUCUUGGAAACAAUGUUGUGUGCAUAGGAAAGAAACCUGCAGGAGUAUUAGGUACAGAAUAGCAUUUGUGUAAAUAAAAACAAACAAUACUAUACAUUGUUUAUGGAUACAUACGUUGUACAAAUAAAUGAUUUGGAUAU